AACCUGGAAGUGUAUCCAGUAAACAGCGAAGCACACGACGCCUCGCAGCGUAAAGUCGUCCUGUUUUUUUCUCCACUCCGCCGCUCAGACUGCCGGGAACAUGUCUAAAAUCGAGAUGCUGAGGCUGCUCAUCAAUCAGCGGCUCACCGAGGCCGCGGAGGAGAUCUUCGGGGUGUUCGGGAGAACCAUAGCCGAGUACGAGGAAGAGAUCUCCCGCUCAAAGCUGGAGAUCGACCGGCAGCGGCGGCUGCUGGAGCUCUCCAGGAAGCCACAGGUCUCUCUGCAGGCCAACAGCACAGCAGCUGUCUGUGAGCAGCAGGACUGGAGUGCCAGUCUUGACCUGAAUGAGAUGAAACCUGCUUCCAUCAAAGAGGAGGAGGAGGAGCUGUGGCCGGAAGAGACGCCUCAGAUGGCCGAUCAGAACGAUGUCAAGUUCGUGUUGUUCCAGAGUGGCGGUGUAAGAAAUAAGCAGGGCGAUGACCAGAUGACCUCCUCGCUCUCAAAGCUCCAGGACCUGGGCGACUCAGAGCUGGACCCCCAGCCGGGCACCUCGGUCCAGCCGACCAGUUCAGACCUGGACGACGAUGCCCCCGAAGCUGCAGAUCCGGCUUCAGGUAACGGCGACUGCGUCGACCUGGACGCAUCGCUGUCUGAGGUAGUGGACUCGUACAUUUGCACCAUUUGCGGCCGUGCGUUUGCUCAGCGAGGCCACUGGGCCAAACACGUGCAGGUGCACCGCAAGGUCGAGAGCAAAGUGGACAAGUCAUACACGUGUGACAUUUGCGGGAAGAGACUGACGCGGUUCGACGGUUAUCAGAAACACUUAAGAAUUCACACAGGGGAAAAGCCAUACUGCUGCGACGAGUGCGGCCGCAGAUUCAGCGACAACUCAAAUUACAAACGGCACAUUCGCACGCACAUGGGACAGAAACCACAACAGAGCUGAGGCUGCGGGACGAGUGUUCAUACUGAUGUGUGAAGCAGGACAGACGAUCAAACCUCUUUGAGCCAGGAAAUGUCCAGUCUGAUGUGGAAAAAUAUGAAAUUCCUCCUUCCUCCACACUAGCUUAUUUACAGAAAUUUUUUUUUAAAAAAACUACAUCUGCAUUUUACAUUGAAAACAAACAAAACACGACACAGUAAACCCAGAACAAAUUAUUCUACUACAGAUUGUGUUCCAGAUUUAAAAGGUUUCCAGGUUUUACUCCUGUUUUUUUUUUUUGAUAUUCAAACCAGAAAAACUAAAACUCGUUUAUUUAAACUGUGUCGAAGGAGAAAGAAAGAACCAGCUGUGUUGGUCGACCAAACAUGUCACCAUUUCGUUUUUCUGCUGUUAAACAAGAGGAGGAAAAACAGGAUUUUAAAGCAUUUUUCUUGCGCCAACAUUCCACUGUGAAAAAAUAAACGGACUGGAAACUUUGAUUUUUUUCAUAUUUCUCCACGUUGGUGUGAACAUGGACCCAGACAAGGAGGAAGAGACACUAUAGAGUAUUUUUCUAUGUGAUAUAUUUUGACAGAUAUUUCUGCACUGGAGGAAAUGGUGAUGUUGCACUUUACAGAUGUAUUAAACAUAUGUGACAGUCACAGGUUCAGUUUGCUGUCAGUUUAGACUCAUUGAGAUCUGCCUUGUUCAUGAUGGAACUCUGUGUCCACUAAAGAUUAUUUUUGAAUAUGUUAAUCUUGAUGGUAACGGGGCAAAACAAUCAUCCAGCAGUCAUAUUUUUGAUUUAGUCAGAACUUCAUGACACAUCAAAGUCUGAAGUCUCAUUUCAGGGUGUCAAACAUGGCUGCCCAUACAGUCAACAGGAAGUUAAUGCUUUAACAAGGCUGUAUGACAUUUACUAAGGUAAUAAAGUCACAUGAUUGGAAACUCAUUUUUAUGUUUCUCACAUUGAUUCAAAUGCUUUGAUUGUGUUACUGUUAAGUUUAUUUCACAUUCAACAACAAAUGUUUAUAUUCUUUUACGAUGUCAUGCUGUGAGCAAUUUUAGUCAGUUUUAAAGGGUUAGUUCGACAUUUUGGCAAAUACGCCUAUGGCCGUAAUCCCUAUAGUCAUAUGGGUAGGUACAUUACCUUUAACAGCAUAUGUUUAGUGCAGUUACUCCCGUCAUCAAAACAACAAGUGUGUUGAGAAGAAGCCGACUGCUGAUCAUGGCAGACUCAGGGCUUGAAGUUCUCCGGCACGGUGCCGGAUUACCGGUGCAGGAAUAUUUUUUCUCGUAAAUAUUUUAUCAUCUUGCUGUAGCAACAGUCAUUUAACCAGUCGUUUUAAAGCAAAGCAAAGUGAUAGUUCCAACUACCAAUGGUGUAUCACAUUACUCAAGGUAAACAAGGAGUUCUAGCCAAUCAGAGGCAGAGCAGGGCGGGCCUUAAGUUUUCACAGUCUCUCAUUCAGUCACGCCACGGACACACCGGACGCGGAACCGAAGCUCAGCGCCCAGCAGCGGAGGCAGUUUUCAAUCGGCGCCCAUGUUAACCUAUCUGACAGUCCACACAGGCCGCUGAGCAGAGCGGAGCGCCCGUGGAGGCUUGCGCACUGCAGCGUCUGGUCUAUUUCUCACACGAGCUGCGAGCCGCGAGCGCUUCUGUCAAGCUGGAUAGAGCGGAUCGUACCAAACAGGAAGUCGGACACAGAAAAGAUGAGAGAAUCUGGCCAAUUUUCAAAAUAAAAUAAAUUUAAAAAAUAAAAGCCUGUUUAAUUAUGAUGUUGCUUGUCCGUCUAUAAAUAUUUGUUCAGUUUGGUCUAGACACGAGAUAGAU